AUGUUCUCAAAAACCCCCCACGCCAGCCUCUGGCGCACAGCGGGAGACCACCUCCCUGCAAACAACGCUGUCCCCUUUGCCGGGCGUGUCGGCGCAAACCAGGAAUUCACCCUGGGCAAGAACAACUGCGCGCGUGCAGAGAUCCUGCAGAAAUUUCCGGAUGCCGCGCCGUGGAUUCCUGUGCGCGAUGCGCUGUCCAUGAGGGGGAUUCUGCAGAUUGAGCUGUGGAAGGCGGCUGUUGUGGAGGCCAUUGCGAGUUGUUUGCUUGUCUAUUUGACGUGUUUUAUAGCCGUGGGAUUAGGGCAAAUGGGCGCUUUAUUCGACUCCGGCCCCCUUGUCCCGGGACUGGUCGGGAUGCUCUCAGCCUUACUAACCCUCCCUCUAUUCAUCUACUCCGCAGGCCCAGUGUCCGGUGCGCACAUCAACCCCAUCAUCACCAUUGCGACAUUCUUCAGCCGCCUCUGCUCGCUCCCCAGAGCAAUCCUGUACAUUUCUUUUCAGACCUUUGGUGGUGCAGUCGCCGGGUGGCUCUUGCGAGCAAGUUUUGACACGAGAUCGUUCAUUGUUCCCGGCUGCUACAUCGACACAUCAAUGGUCUCGCUCGCAAGCGCCUUCACAAUCGAAACAACCACCGACUUCGCCCUGGUCUUCCUCGCCUUUGGAGUCGGUCUCGACCCGCGCCAGCGCGACGUCUUUGGCCCAGCUCUGGGCCCCAUCUUUGUCGGUCUCAUCGUCGGCGGGUGUUCGUUCCUCACGGGGAUCUCAAGGGACGGGUAUACGGGGUUCUCCGGAAACCCCGCCCGCUGCUUCGGCGCAAUGGUCGGGUCGCAUUUCUCGUCCUACCACUGGAUCCACUGGAUCGGCCCGCUGACGGCGUCGAUGUUGCACGGGGUGCUGUAUUUCCUCGUGCCGCCGUAUUCGAGGGAGGAUGUGAGGAAGGCGCGGCAUGGGGAUGAUGAGGAUGAGUCUUGA